UACGUGGCAUUUAACGGAUAGUUGGACAGAUCUUAAUAAGAAUAUCAAAUUCUGUUACACAAAAAUAUAUGAACGAAAAAAUUUCGAUAAAAAAAAAUAAAAACUUCACAAUCACACGUGUGAGAAGUAUAAAAUAAAAAUUUUAAGUGAAUUUUAAAAUAAAUUUUAAAUAAAAUAUAGAAAAAUGUGAUAAUUAAAAUAUGAAAAUAAAUUUUAUAAAAAUUAUUAAAUAAAAUUAAAAUAAAAUUAUUUAAGAUGAAAACAUUAAUUGUUUUGUUUGUGAUAAAAGUGCUGCAGUUAAAGUGUAUGUGUUUUUGAAGGCCUUUUGAAAGGACCUUGUCAUGUGUGUUUUAUAAAUAAGGACCUUCUCCUAAUGUGUUCUUUGAGCCGUAUGUUUCCUUGAGUGCACGCUGUUCAUUCAUGUUGUAUUCAUCAUUUUGCAUAAAAUUACUUUAUAGAUCCAUACCUUCUUUCCUGAAUACUCAGAAGCUGAUAAAAAAAGUGAAAUUUUUUCUUCAAUAUUUACCUACAAAAGAUUUUGAAUCGGCAAAUAUUUACAUAUACUCAAAGUAUUGCAAAAGAAGCAAACAAAUCAAUAUGAAAUUCUUUUGAAAACUAAUAAUUCCAAAAAGACCCCAAAAACAGAUAUACAUAAAGGAAUAAUAAAACUAUAUCAAAAGAGGAAAAAUUCCAAGUGAAAUGUCUCAAUUUUAUGGCAACAGGAGAAUAAAGCAAAAAAACAACAUCUAUGCCCACAGACACGAUGACAACGAAACGUAUAAGUUUUCAGCAGCAGCAACAAGCACUACAAAAUUCCCAUCACCAUCAUCAUCAUCAGCAACAACGAAGACCACCUGACGUUGAAGAGGCUCUAUCAUCAAUGCUAUGGACACCAUAUGAACGUGCCUCAACAACAGAUACAUCAUCCGAUGACGAUGAUGAACAAUUGCAACGUCAAUUGAAAAAAUCUAAAAGUCAAUAUGAUUAUACGAGUGUACCAACUCAAAUACCCCCCUUAACACCACCACCACCGACGUCACUGCCACCACUCUCAUCACUAGGAGCAUUGACAGCACUGCCACCCACACAAUAUCCCCUAACGCCCACACACUUAACAGCAACAAAUAUUGUGGCAUAUAUAACAACAGCAACACCGGUAAGAGCAGCAGCAACAGCAGCUGUGGCAGCAACAAGUUUAAUAGCAACGUCGAGCGCAUAUUAUACAACAGAAGAUUUAUGUGAUCCAUCUGUAACAACACCAUUAGUGCCUUUUUCAAAUCUUAUGCUAAAUGCGCAUACAACAACAACGACAACAACAACACCCCAUACCCGUUUACUGAACAACACUGCCAUUACAGCUGAACAUGAUGAGGAUGACGAAAUUGAUGACGAUGACGUUGUAGAUGAUGACGAUGAUGUCAAUGUAAAUGUGGAUGAUACAUUUAAUGAUGUCUAUAAUAAUGAGAAUACAUUAGCAGCUACAAGUUCCUCUGCCAUGAUGACAAUGAUGUCAUCUUAUCAACAGAAAAAUCGCAUUUCCUAUCACUCUUCCUAUGGACGUAUACCAAAUCUUACCAAAUGGUGGUCUACCUCUAAUGCAGCAACCACGCAACAACCAGCUUCAUCAACUGCUCAUCAGCAAAGUUCUAUGGAAGCAAACUCAGCUGCAGCAGUAACACUCUUACCACCCCCACCACCUGCCACAGCUACCCUAACAGAUGAGACCAAUAAACAACCACCUUCGUACGAGUCCUUGUAUAAGAAAAAUUCUUUACGACCAUUACGUCAACGUCAACAUCGUUUGAACAAACAUUUGAAUUUAUUCAAACCCGUUUUGGAAACUUUAAAAGCAAAUGUGACAACAAUAACACAGGGUCGUCGUUUUUCCGCCCUUACACGACCGAAUCAUAAUAGAGUUACUAAUACUAACAACACCAACAACAACUCUAAUGCAAUAAACCCAACUACCCAUGCAGCACAACAACCAACAACUGUUGUUAGUAGAGAUACUACGGUAACAACAACAGCAACGAUAGCAGGAAUUACAAUUAGAAAUGAAAAUUGUAGCACGGAAAGUACAAGUAACAAUUUGGCUCAUUCAUUUACCGAUAAUUUUCUACAUGAGCACUGUCCUACAACUCAACAUGUUGCAGCAACACAUGUUGACAACGAGCAUAUCAUUAAUAAUAACAACAAUAAUAACAAUAACACCACAACAGAAAACAUAAAUGGUGAAACCCCAAUACAACAACAAGUACUGAUUCAUCAACCGAAACAUACACACGAACAAAUACAAGUUGAUGCGAAUACGAAAUCAAAACAAAACCAAGAAAACGAAAAUAAACAAAACAAUAAUUUCAUUAUUUGCCAGCAACAACAAAAACUUCAAAAACAGCUGCAAAAUACAAAAACAUACGAAGAGCAGACGAAAGAAAAAGAAACCUGCAAAAGAGAACAAGAGGAAAUGAACACAAAUGAAUUCACCACUGAUCACGCAGCGAAUGAAUACACAAUGAACUGUCGUGGAAAUGCACCACUAUACAAGACAACAACAAUUGCCAGCAACAAUAGUAACAACAUGACGGGCAGUUUAUUUUACGAUUCAUCGUCAGCGAUCAGUUUGACGCGUUCAUUUGAGGCAAACACAUCGUAUACGGUUGGAUUGACGGAUGCCUAUGAUAGUUUUACAACGGAUUUACAAGACGUAACACGUAAAACAACUGCAAAUACAACAACGACGACGUAUAGCCUAACACCUAAUAAAUGUUUAGCGGAAUUGGAACGUUUGUAUGCCGAAUUUCGGGCCAGUGAAAGUUUACGUGAGCAAAAAUUACGCAAAUCGCAAAAUCAACUUGAAACGUCGGUCGCUACGGAAAAUAUGCGUUUAAACGUGCCCGCGUCCACCUCUAACUCCGUAAGCCAAAUGGCAACGGAGAUCGGUGGCAAGUCAGUGAGUGAAACUAGAUUAAAUCCCAGUACAAGUAGUGUUUUCUUAACAACCACAAAUAGUGUUACCACUAUAACGAAUCCUUGUCAGCGUACACCGAGUUUAACCAUACAAGUGAAUCAGAAUAAUAAUAAUAAUUCCAAUAAUAAUGUUAAUAAUCCAAAUAAUAAUAACAACAACAAUAAUACAAAUGUUAAUAAUGGAGGUGGUGGCCAAUGUGAAAAUAAUGAAUCUCUACAACAAAAUCAAAUUGUUUUAAAUCAGGCCAUAGUGAAUACAACAACAAAUGGUGUUAGUGUGAUAAAUUGUAAUUAUGUGAAUAAUGUUAAUAAUAAUAACAACAACAAAAGUAUUACAAAUCUAUGCGAUAAUGCAACAAAUACAACAACAACAUCCAAUAAUAAUAAUAAUAAUAAUGUUGUUAAUAAUCUUAAUAAUAAUCAUUGUAGUCCUAAUAAUAUUUCCAAAAAUAUCAAUGAUAAUUCUAGUAGUUGUAGUAGUGGUAGUGCUAAUAAUGUUAAUGAUCCUACACAUAGUUCAGUGCCUCAAGUGUUAAACGUCAAUAAUACAAAUGAUCAAGAAAUUGCAAAAAAUUACCAAAAGCAUUUAAAAAAUUCUCCCAAUACCCAAGUGAAAGUAAUACAAGUAAAUGAAAGUAGUUAUACAAAUACAACAACAAACAAUACUUCAUCAUCUUCUUCCUCGUCAACACCGACAUCAUCGCCACAGCGCACAUUUGCCUCUACGGAGUGUCAAACGGAUGAUAUAUCAGCGGUGCAACUUAGAUCACCAUCGGUUGGUAGGCCGCCAUUAACCUCGACUUCUUCGGCCAACUCGAAUAGCACAUCGAACAAUAAUCGUGAACAAAGACGUCGCGAAAGACGUGAACGUCGUCAUUUACAACAUACUGCUUCCCUAUUGGUUACUCCCACUCACGCUCAUCCCCAUCCCCAUAAUCAUGCCUUACGUCACGGCCACUUAGAUCGUCAUUCUAUGCCGGCCCCUCCUCUACCACCCAUUUUACAUCCUCCCCAUUUACAUCCCGGUCUAGCCGGUAGUUUACAACAAACUGGCCAUAAUGUUGCCAUGUUACGUCCCAUGUUACCCGAUAUAUUACAUAAUCAUUUUCCACCUCCCUACAGUGCAUUGCCACCGCCGCAGUCUAUGACUACUGCUAGUGGUAGUAUGCCACAUCAUAAUGGAUCUCCUAUACCCUUUAGCCAUCCGCAUUCACAUCCUCAUCAUCCUCUGCCACAAACACCGACCGCCACUAUAUUGGGGCCACCACCUCCACCGCCACCAGCUGGUACAACUCUGCUAACAUCCGUGAUAUCGACGGUUCCUAUACCGGGUGCAACACCAAUGGUUAGUGAUGGACGAUUUACGCUACCGUUACCAAUAAUGAGAAGGUGA